AUGAAGCUCACAAUGAUCUUCGUUGGCCUGCUCGGGCUCCUCAGAGCACCUGGUUUUGCUUACAACAUCAACGUCAACGAUAGCGGCAACGUGGACGGAAGUGGACAGCAGUCGGUGAGCAUCAACAACCAGCACAACGUGGCCAACGUGGACAACAAUGACGGCUGGAACUCCUGGAAUGCUCUCUGGGACUAUGAAAAUAGUUUUGCUGCAACCAGACUCUUUGCCAAGAAAUCAUGCAUCGUGCACAAGAUGAACAAGGACGUCAUGCCCUCCCUUCAAGACCUCGAUACGCUGGUCAAGGAGCAAAAGGAUAAAGGGCCCGGAGGAGCACCCCACAAAGACUUGAUGUACUCCAUCAACCCUGCCAGAGUGGAGGACCUGAGCACGUUUGGACCAAAGAUUGCUGGCAUGUGCCACGGCAUCCCAACCUACGUGGCCGAGGAGAUUCCAGGACCCAACCAGCCCUUCUACUCACAGAAGUGCUACACAGCUAACAUACUCUGGAUUCUGCGGCUGUCCUUCUGUGGCACAUCAACAGAAACAUACUAG